GUUGGCGUCGAGGCCGGGCUUUUAGUCGGUAAUAAUAUUUGGUCCUGCGAUGCAACGCUUCGUGCAGACGCUCUCCGCGCGGUCCUUCGCGACGAAGGCGAGCAAGCUCCCGAAGCGCCUGGUCAAGCCGGCCAACGCCAAGGAGCCGCACCGCGCGCGCGGUCCGUCCAAGUACGUGAACAAGGAGCUGCCGAUCGUGGACGACGGCAAGACGUACCGCCUUGUGUGCGCGCCGGUCCUGGAGCGCCUGCCCGUGAUCCUGCCCGACUUGGAGCAAUGGGAAGAAGACUACAUGCGCAUGAAGCACAAGAUUGAGCUCAAGACGGCGCAGCGCUUGCCCAAGGACUUUUGGUUUGCCGAGCCGGGUACCGUCGAGGUCGAGCCCGAGGAGGCGCCGUUCCUUGAAGAGUGGAACGAAGACGAGCUCAUUGGCGACGGCUUCCAGAUUGCCAAGCGCGAGACGGAGGACGACGCGGCGAACAACCGCCACUCGCUCAACCGCGCCUUGAAGCAGCGCGUGUUUCUGAUCGUGCAGGACAAGACCUCUGGCAAGUGGUUUUUCCCCACGACGGAGAAGGACGACGCCGAGACGAUGAAGGACGCUGCGUUCCGCGAGCUCUCGGCCGUUGUCGGCGCCUCGUUGGAAGCGUACCCGGUCGGCAACGCGCCGAUGGGCUACCUCAAGGUCAUGCACGAAGACGAGCCGACCUUUGACGGCAAGGUGCAUGGCACCAAGGUCUUUUUCUACAAGUCGCAGCUCGCGGGCGGCGACGUCGAGCUCAACACAGAAAAGGCCGGCGACUACCUGUGGGUCACACAGGCCGAGCUGGCAGAGUAUUUGGACGCCGACGUUGCGGACUACGUCACCAAGAUGGUGCCCCCGUAAGCCGUAGACUAGUUCAAAAGUUGCCAGCAAGACCCCGACACCUUUGUUAAUAGAACCCUUAGAUUUUGACUGCAGUGACGCGAGCACUGCGUUCGAACCUUCACUCGCA